AUGAAGCGAAUUCCCGAAAUUGUGGAAGAACGAGACAAGCUCCCCGGUGGUGCGCGGCGUUCGCCUGGUGAGGCAGUUGAGGUAAGAGGACAGCGUCAUCAGGGGAUCGUCGCCGCCGCAUUGGGGAGAGAGGAUGGUGGAAAUGUCCUUCCCCGUUUGUUGAGUUUUAGGCAAAUCCUCCUCCUUGAAUCCCAUGUUGACACGGCUCUUGAUGCAGAUGUCAGACGGGUCGAAGAGGUCAGUCUCGAACUUGGAGUCAUGGGCGUCAGUCAGGAAGGCUUGGAGGGGUGA